AUGUCUUCAGAACGUAGAAUCCCCUUCACUUUUCUUCGCACCCCAAGUUGGGAUCCAUUCCGAGACUGGUACCAAGGUUCCAACCGACUGUUUGACCAGUCUUUUGGUAUGCCAAGAAUUCCUGAAGAUUGGUACCAGUGGCCUAGCACCAAUUGGCCAGGCUAUGUCCGUCUUUUUCCCAAUCAGUCAGUGAACGCUGUUCCUCCUACUACUCCAGCUGUAGCCUCUCCUGCAGGGGCAACUGUUCCUGAUUUUAACAGGGCACUAAGUCGGCAACUUAGCAGUGGAAUUUCAGAGAUCCGACAAACAGCCGACCACUGGAAGGUCAGCUUAGAUGUCAACCACUUUUCUCCUGAGGAACUGGUUGUGAAAACUAGAGAUGGAUUAGUGGAAAUCACAGGAAAACAUGAAGAAAAACAAGAUGAACAUGGAUUUAUCUCAAGAUGCUUUACAAGAAAAUAUACUCUUCCCGCAGGUGUUGAUAUCACAAGUGUGGCUUCAUCUCUUUCCCCGGAUGGUGUUCUGACAGUAGAGGCACCACUCCCCAAGCCAGCAAUCCAGUCUGCAGAGAUCACUAUUCCAGUAACUUUCCAAAGCUGUGCUGAGAUUGGCACAUCAGAUGCUAAGAAACUUGAAGAGGCUGCCAAAAAAUAA